AUGACGGAGUACCUGAAGGACCUCGGCAGGACAAAGCCCGGUGACCCGAUGCCACCCAUCAAUCUCGGCCCGUACGACAACCCGCUGCUGUGGAAUGUGCUUGACCCGUUCGGCGCGGAUCGCGGCCACCAGCGCCGCCCGAUGUCUGUCUCACGCAACUUCAUGGAGCUGCACAAUGUUCCUAUCAUUUUCCGUGACCAAUGCGUCCACCGCUGGGUUCCGUUUCACCGCUGCAUCAAAAACUUGAAACCGGUGACGUGGGGAACGGUCAACUGCCACGAGUUUGAGGAGGCGUGGAUGGUGUGCCGUGCGUAUGAAACGUACCGAAACCAGUUAUUGAAGACAAAAUUCAUGGAACUGACAAAGGACUACACAGCCGAAGACAAAAAGUUUUUUCCUAGUUUGCUCUACAUGGGUGUCCCGACGUACAUGAAUUCGUUUUACUGGACCAUGGCAGCGUCGCAACGGCUUAGCGGGUGGGAUGAAAAGGAUCCAGCGAACCCUAUGAUGUGGCGCGAGCCCAACCGAGCCCUCAUGCGAUCGGAGUUUUCUCCUACCAAUUGGGAAAAGAGCACCAUGACGAACGCAACCGGUCAUAAACUUAUUCCCGACGAAAUUGUGUAUGAUAUGGUGCCAGGGUUCCCACUACCGGAAGACAAGCGACCUCAAUUGGUUGCAUAG